AUGCAGCGGAAGCGUAACAGCAAGAUUCCAAGCGGGCAAGGGGUCGAUGUCGCACUCUCGAAAGCCUGCUUCACGACGCCCUUGCACCUCGCCACGAAGGGCGGGCACUGCGAUACCGUCCAGUGGCUCCUGGGGCAGCACUCCGUCGAUAUGGAAGUGCCGGCGAGGUUUUUGUGUCCGGCGGUGGUUUCAGCGGUCCAAUCCGCCGCGUUUUCCGGCAACAAGCCCACCAUCACGAAGCUCGUACAGCGCAUGGGUGUGGACAUCAACAAAAGAGUGGAAGAAGGCGGUGCGACGCCGCUCUACUAUGCUUUAGCGGCAUAUAAUGCGCAAUCGGUGGCUCUCUUGCGAAGCCUCGGGGCGAAGCCGGAGCAGUCCUUCGUGUCGGACGUGUGUAAUGUGAAUUACGAAAACGCACUCGAACUCGUUCUGGCCAUUGAGAAGACCGAUCCUAUCACCAACAUUUUCUAA